CGAUCCUGGUGAGAGGCGCCAUCUUCGAGGAGGGCAGCGGUUUCGUUGAAGUAGACUCUGUCUGCCGUCCAGAAAAGAGAGAGAUAGAGAGAGAAGGGAGCUCGGUGGCUCGAGGACUUCGACAGCGACUCCUUCUCGGGGUUCGGUAAAGUUCCUGCGCGCGGGUGACAAGGGCCCGGAGUCCCCUUCCCUCAGCCUUAUAUAGGUAUAAAGGCCGCCUCCUCGCAUAGGAUUCCCUAGGUUCCCCUGGCCGAGGCGGCUUUCCUAGGCCGCCGCCUAGGGCCUCUUUGUUUUCAAAUUUUCGUUCUUCCUUUUGUUAAACGGCCCGUUGCCAGUCCCUAUCCGAGACUGCGGCAGCUUCGUUAUGAUUAUUUUAUUUUACCUAUGGUUGCCCCUAAAUUAACUCCAUUUUCUGCUUCCUUUUGCGUUUCAUAUAAAUGGCGUCCGUACGCCCCCGCAUUAUUUAUUUAUUUAUUUCCCGGCCCUCCCACAGCGAUUGUUUUUCUGCUCUUCAAGAUUUGUUUAGAUAAUUCGGUUUUCCCUCCCAUUCUUCCAGAUCCUUGCGGCCAUCUAGGAAAGGGCAUUAGGAUUAACUGGCCUAAUCCCAAAGAUGAGAAAACUAGGGCAAAGGAAAUCCCACAGUGCGGGAUUUUCAAUAAUAGUGGGUUUUUUAAUUAAUGAAAUAAAAUAAAGCCAAGAUCUGCCAUUUCUAGUGCUAUUGAUGUGACAGAACUCUCUGGCAUUGCAAUUCAGUAGUACGCUGAAAAAUAGCAAAACCAGGAAGUACAGUAAUUCUGGUUGACAAAAAAGAGUCUCUGAUUAUCAUGGCAUUUAGCUGGUGGCAUUUGAGGUUCUUUUCCAAAACAGAUUGUUGUCAUUGGUGCAUGCUGCACUCCAAGAUUGAGCUGUGCAUCUAGUAUGUUUUAGGAAUAUAAUGUCAUGAGAUAAUCCAUUUAAACACAAUGAAAAAUAUAACUGCCAUUGCAUGCUAUUGCUAGGCAGCAUAGAGACGACUACUUUAAUGAAGAUGGGGGUGAUCAAUGGUUGCAGAGGACAUAAAAUACCUUUUAUAAUCAAAAUAUCUGCAGUAUUUCCAGUUUGAAACUAGGUAAUUGUUCUUCCCACUGCAGACCCUUUGAAACUUGAAUUAGCUAUAAUAAUUGUAAUAAAGUUUUUCUGUGCAUUGAGCACCUACUAAUUUUGUCUGUUAAUUUCCCCCGUCUUUCUGAUACAAGAAGAUGCAGCAGUUUUAAUACCGAAGAGUACAGUACAUUGUUUUCUCCCAGUGCAGAGUCUGGCACAGAUGGCAGUAAAGAUGGACAGCACUUCCUAAAGCUAUUGUAGUUAGAGGUGCUUAUCCUAUUCAUGUGCCUUUCAAAACAUGCAAAAAGAUCAUAGUAUGGAAGGACAGGAUUUAGGUGGUUUAGUUAACAGAAACCCAUAUGUUGAUAGGGGAAGCUGAGAAAUUGGUGGGCAUUGGCCCAAGUGGUCAUAAAUUACCUCAACUGCCAUUCUUCUACCUUGCUGUCAGAAUGAACAACAAAUUUCUUGGCCUCUGAACAUAAGCUCAUUUCAGAAUUUGACAAUGACAGUAUGGAAAUGGCUCCUUUAUAUACUUAUGUUCAUUCAGGCAUUUGGCUUUGGCAUGCAUGGUGCUUACUCAUUGCAAUGAAAUGGAGAGGUGCUUAAGAGAACAGUGAAUAAAAUCUCUGUUCUGUGCUUCAAGAUAAUGUGAAGUGCAUAUGAAAACGCUGCUCUUUACUAUCCAUCAUUAGCACUAGCUGGUUUUUGACCUUCAAAGUGUCUUGUGAACAUAUACUCUCAAUGUCUGCAAUGAUACAGGGAUGGUAACUGUAUGCUUGAUAAUCAGAGCGAGGGAGAUAAUGUGACACUGUAUGAACAGGAAUUAGAAUACAGUAUGAAAGUUUCUGUUCCUGUGCCUAAACCUUUCAGUUUACAUUCCUAGAAGGGAGUAUUGCAGGGGGUGAUCCAGCUCUACAGUUCUGUGAUUCUACUGCAUUUUCCCCUCACAUAAGCUCAAAAGUUAGCCCACCAUCAGUUGACUUUUGAAAAGCUUUUGUACGAUUUGAACACAAAACUGCUCAGCUUUAUCAAGGGUGUCAGCAUCAUCAUGAGAAUCUGGUUUUCAAUUACUAUUCCUACUAUCAGAGCUAUGCACAUUAUUUUUACUGAGGGGUGGGGGGAAUGGAAAAACAACCGCCUUUUCUUAAUUGCUUUUUAAAAAUUGCUGGUUUUUAUAUUUUGGUGAAAGACACCAACAGUUCUUGGAUUUCACCUAUAUAUUAAAACAGUGAAAUAAUGAAUGAAGUUAAUAAUUGUUCUCAGAGCUGGAUGUGCAGCUAAUGGCAGAUAAUAUACAAACUGCUUUAUAACAUGUACUUAAAUUGGGAUAGGCAGUUUAAUUAACCAAAUUUUUGUGUGCCUUAAGGUAGUAUGUACAGGAAUGAACUUUGUAUUCAGGGAGUGUUUUUUUUUUUAUAAAAAAAGGCUACAGAAAGGAAAUAACCUAAAGUUAAUUUGCUACUUAUAAUGGGUGUAUUUGCACAAUUUCCCCCCAAGAGGAUAGUUUGGUUGUCACUAAAUGUGGGCUGAUUAUGGCAAAGAGAGGUAUUGUGCAUUUGACAGAAUCUUUCUCCUUAUUGCAGAAUUUGAUAAUGUGAAGCACCAAUAUCAUUUAGUGCAAGCAAAUCAAGUUUGAAUAAAUAAAUAAAUAAACUGGGUGAGAAUCUAAUAAUGAAAAUUAAUUGUAGUUAUAUAUAUAUAUAUAAUUUCCGCUUGUGUAAAAUUCAUCAUGGACUACUAUUUUUUUCCCUUUAAAAAAUACUUUCCCCCCUCUAUUUUAGAGUUGGGUGAAAUACCAUGCCAAAAAUUACCCCCCAAAAUAUGUUAGCAUUUUCCAACCUUUCACUCUUCAAUUUGAAAGACGGAAUAUAUACCAUACUCAAAAUUGCAUUUCUGAAAGAGGGAUCAACAAUUUCUUUAUUUUCUUUUUGGUCACUAUGUGACUGAAGACUAUGUGACUGUUGGUUGCUAGGAUGUUGGACCUGCUGCAUCCUUUCAACCUUAUCACUGAAAAGCAGUGACUUAUGGUGUAUCUUUGCAGUGAUGUUUAGGGGACUGAGCAAAAUUAGGUAUAGAAAAAACAAAACAAAUUUAACAUUUAGGCAGCAAAAUCAAACAAUUGCCUUGAUUUUGUAUACUAAGCCUGUUGCUUUUUAAACUGCAUCAUGCAGUUAGUUUCUGCAUAAAAAUUAAUUGAAUCCCAAUUUGUCUGAAAAUCAUUCUUAGUGCUCUAUACAUCAUGUGUACACCCCAUGUCUAUGUACUUAUUUGUGUUCAUGCUUAUGUGGGAAACUAUUGGCCUGAAAUUUGUAUGGAAAUUUAUUUUUAGUUCCCGGAAUUUGAAACAUUCUGUUGCAAAAUUUCAAUCUUUAAACUUACCUACCAUGCUUGUGUAUACAUUGUUGCAUGUAUAAACACAAAUGUAUUUAAGAAUACUUAUGUGUAUAUACAUAUCUGUGUUUAUACAUAGAAGUAUUUUUUUUAACUAUACAGUUUAAUAAAGAUCGGGGAAGAUUUUUCCUUUUUUCCAAUAGGUGGAAGAAAUCUUGAAGACCAGAAAUUGAAAAAUGUGUUUUAAUUUUUAAAAAGUUAAUUUUUUUCGGCUGUGGAAGAUGGAUGUUCUUUGCAGCCAGUUUGAAACACAAGUUCAUCUUUAAAUGAACUAUUUAUUUUGAAGAGGCAAUUAAUCUUCACUAUCUCCAGUCUUCCUGACCAUUCAAAUGGACUUGCUUUCUCCAGUAGUUGUAAUUCACCCUGUCUGAAUUUUGAAUGAGAAUGAGAUGUGUUCCUUGGAAAUGUGAGGAAGAAAAGUCUUUCUAUCCCGUUAUUAUCAAUUCAUCGAUUGAGUGUUGAUUCGACCUACAGGAGAAAAAUAACUGGAAGUCUUUGAAGACAGAGUUACAUGCUGAACCUACCAAGGAUUAUAUUUUAAAGAAGAUACCAGUAAAUCCAGCCUAUAGAAGGUUUUGCCAGUUAAACCAAACUGAUCAGCCAUCACUGAGAGAAUAGUAAACCUCUGUUCAGCCACCAGUCUCUCCGACAUAAGCUCCCAAUAAAGAUUCAGCCGAAUAUGUCUAACCAAGGAGAUGAUUGUUACUUUUAUUUCUACUCCACAUGUACCAAGGGUGACAGUUGCCCCUUCCGUCACUGUGAAGCUGCCCUGGGGAAUGAAACGGUCUGUGCGCUCUGGCAAGAGCAGCGAUGUUUCAGAAGCGUCUGCCGAUUUAGACACAUGGAGAUUGAUAAAAAACGCAGUGAGAUCCCAUGCUUUUGGGAGAAUCAGCCAGUGGGCUGUCAGAAGAUGAACUGUGCAUUCCACCACAACAAGGGACGUUUUGUGGAUGGGCUUUUCUUACCUCCAAGCAAGACUGUUCUAAACAUGCCUGAACCUACGGAAGAGGAGAUGAAGGCUAUACAGAUUUCAUUGCAACAGAAUAAACUUUCUGUUCAGUCCAAUCCAUCUCCUCAGCUGCGUGGGGUAAUGAAGGUGGAAAGUUCUGAAAAUGUACCAAGCCCCACUCAUCCACCAGUUGUUAUCAAUGCUGCGGAUGAUGAUGAAGAUGAUGAUGAUCAAUUAUCGGAAGAAGGUGAUGAAUCUAAAAUGCCUGUUCAACAACCCUCUGCGGAGGUUUCUAAUGGAUUGCGGGUAAUUUCUACUCGGAAAUCAGCAAGUAGCACAAAACAAGUUGAUCAUUUGAAUUUUGGAAUCAAAACCCUUGAUGAGAUCAAGUCAAAAAAAAUGAAGGAAAAAUCAAAGCAGCAAGGUGACAACCCCUCUGAGGUUUCUGCUCAGAUUCAGACCCAUCCAGGCCCAGAAAAAGAAAAUGUACGGACUGUGGUCAGAACUGUAACUUUAUCUACAAAGCCAGGUGAACAGCCUCAGAUUCGAUUGACUGUUGCAGAGAGAUUGGGAAAACGGAAAAAUGUUUCUGAGGGUGGCCUCCCCCUAAAACGUAGCCUUGCUGAAAGACUGGGAAAGAAAAUAGAUUCCUUGGAGAAUGCAGACAAAAUACCAAAGAGAGUACAAGUUCCCUUGUCACUUAAAGAGAGACUAGGAUUACCAUCUGAGCAGAACAAUAUGGAAACAGAGAAUGCUGCCCAACCAGCAGGCGAAAUUCGUGUGAAAACACUAGAAGAAAUCCGUUUGGAGAAGGCUAGCCAAAGAAAGGGAGAAAUUCAUCCCAAACCCAAGGUUGAAGUAACCUUUACCAUUGAUGAUCCCAAUGCAGUAGCAAAACCGUCUCCUGCCAUCAGGAUCAAAACCUUUUCAGAGGUCCUGGCUGAGAAGAAGCAGAGGCAAAUGGAAGAGGAGCGGAUAAAAGCUGAAAAAGAGAGCCUUGCCAGACCAAAGCAUGAGGGUGAGCCCCAGAAGCAAAGCUCCUUGGUUUCAGCUGUUUCCAGCAGAAGAAAGCUGGAGGAGCCUUCUGACAAAGCUAAGGACUUUAGGGAGGUGCGCAUCAAAACUCUAGAGGAAAUCAAGCAGGAAAAAGCCCUCCGAAUGCAGCAAAGUGGGGAAAACACCUCAAAGACGCAGGUGCAACCUGAGCGAACUCCAGUUGGGAGGAGACAGUUAUGCAUUACAAAGCCAACAGCUCCUGGAAGAGAAAAGAAACAACCAGAGCUGAAGUCCUCUCCAAGAACUUUUAUAUCAGAUGCCACCGUGAAGCCUUUGAAUGAUAGCAUGAGCAAUUCACAUUCUAAAGUCCAAGUGAAGAGCUUGGAGGAGAUAAGGAAGGAGAAGCAACGGUUAAAACAGCAGCAAGAGAGGAAGCCCCAGGAGGAGCAAGUGACCGUGUCAUCUGCUGGGGAAGAAACUGCAGAAGGGAAGACCCCAGGGGCGAAAAAUCCUGUAGUGACAACAGGGAAAAGCCGUCCACAUACAAAGAGGUUGUUGGUGAGAUCCCAGGAGGCAGUGCCAGAGAACGUGGGGUCAGAGGAGUCGAGACUUUCUGCUCAGCCUGUAGAACGAAAGAUUAAAGCCAAACCAAAAGUGAAUGUGAAGCCAUCUGGGGUGAAGCCUGUGUCUCGAGCAAAGCAGGCACUGAAGCGCAAAGCGUCGGAGAGUCAUCCUUCUGUUAUUGCUGCAGUGAAGCCUCUGAGUCUCAUUCCAAGCGCAAACACAAAGGAGCACCCAUCUGAAAACACAGUCCUGGCAAGUGCUCCUGCUCUUCCAGAAGUCACAGAAGCCGCUGUUCCUGAGAGAGUGCAGCCUAACAGCUCCGAACUGCAUACGGAGAACCAGGCAGCCUCCACGUUGCAAGCAGAGACAGCAAGCGCAACCUCUUCCCAUGGAGCAGUAAAGACACGCAGACUGAGCUCAACAGGACCUGGGAAGACACCCACCUCAGUAGACGACGACUUUGAAAAGCUGAUUUUGGAAAUCUCAGGAGGCAAACUGGAAGCAGAGAUUGAUCUGGACACAGGAAAAGAUGAGGACGAGCUCCUGCUUGAACUUUCUGAAAUGAUUGACAGCUGAUUUCAUCCCCAUAUGGUUUAUUUCUGAGAGAAAAUAAAUGUUGUAUAUUUUGUUGGAUAACCAAGAUUACCCAUUUCUUGGUGAGAAGUUUUGGCAAGUCUUAAAGCACACUUGAACUGAGGAAAGAAAUGGCUGCACUUGAUUGUCCUGUAUUGCCCUGCUGGUCAGAGAGAUGUUCCUAUAUGACUGUCUUGUUACUAUCCUGCCCACCCGAAAUACUUUGAGAAAACCACGAACAUUUCAACUAGGGAAAAUCUGAUAAUCCCACAUAGGGUCCACUUGUUGACUCAACAACCUUCCUGUAUAUUUUUUUUUUACUUAACCGUCACAUUUUGUUUUCCAGCGAUGUGGCAACCUCAAUGUCUAUUUGUUUCACGCAUUUUUCUUGCUUUGUGAUUUUUUAGGGUAAUUUCCGUAUUCCCGAGUUACUGUGGCAGCUCUUUGAGUCAUGCAAUUAUUUUUUCAAAUUUGAUUCUAGAGCCAGGAGUACAGUUUAAAAUGUGGAGGAGCAGAAAUGUUGUAAUCUCCAUCCGAACUUGCUGCCACAUGACAAGUGUGGCUUUAGGAAGAAGGAAAGAAUAUUGAACAUUUGGUUUUCUUUUUUAAAUCUUCCUCACUGUCAUUCUGUACCAUUUAGAAGUUUCCACUAGCAAGCAUAAACUCCAUGAGGCAAUGGCUAAGACUUUUUGUGUGUGUACCUGUAUUCAUUAAAAAUAAUUGUUUUUAAAACAUGUCCUACAAGGGCAUGUGAUGAGGUUAUUCUCAGGUUUUGUUCUUUUUUCCUGAACUGAUGGCCUUUUUUUGCUGACAUUGCACCCGUCAUUUAAAACAAAGCUUUGGAAUGCUGCCUUUUGGCAGGUAAACCAGGUAAACCAUAUAUAUGCACUCUUCCCUGCCAAAUCCACAGAGUUCUCAGCUGUGGCUCUGAAACUGCCCACCUGCAAACUUUCCUUGGUACCCAUGUUCAGCGCUUGAAGCCCCACCAAUGAUCUUUAUUUGGCAGUGUUCCAUGGACUCUGCAGCGUGGCUGUGGAGACUUGGGUGUAUUGUAUACCCUAUCAUUCUUACAUCCAUAUUUCAUAUGAUUACCUUUUGACUAUUAUUAUUGUUACCUGCAGGAUCUUUCUGUUUGCGUUCCUAGCAAGUAUAAAAAUUUGCUUGAUUCUGUUGUAAAUAUAUUCAUGUUAACUUGGAAAAAACCCUGUGCUUUGCAAGUUCACAUUGAAAUUUUGCCUGUGCAAAAAACUUUAUGUUAAAAGCUGCCCUGCAUUAAUUGCUAGUUGACACAUUGCUCCAAAAAAGUGGAAAACCAGAGAACUUCUGGUGGGUGGUAAACAAAAACAACAGACAUUUGAGACUGUGAAUAGUUUGCAAUAGUUUGUGUCUGCUUAUGCAGAACCUUCUGUUUAUUGACAUUUUUCUUCAUUUUUUUUUCCAUGCAAGAGAUUCCUCUUUACCUACAGACUCCGUUGCUUUCUGUACAUCUUUUUGCUUUCUAUUUAAAUCACUGUAUCUGAAUCAGAUAUGUUUGCUAUUACUUUAAACAGUCUGCAGGAGAGAGAAGUAUUUGUGUUUUAAAUAAAGCUAAUGUCGGAAAUGUGUUUCAAUGUUUUAUUUCCAUUAAGUUGUGCAGAAUAGAAAAGGAAUUUGCCACCUGUCAUGGCUUCUCAGCUUUCACUAGCCCCAAACUGAGAUAGCAAUAUAAAAGGACUGAGGAGCCAGAUUUCUUUUUUAAAAAAAGUCUUGCACUAAAAAUAGGUCAUUGGAUUAUCAAAGAUAAUAGAAUCAAAUUCUGAGGUUAAGUCUGAUGGUGGGAGGUUCUCACUGUCCUUUACAUUUUUUUAUCUGCACAGUUUCAUCAUAGCUCUUUUUACAUACUUGUGACAGUUUUCACCUUUCAUAAAAUUGGGGUAGUCUGCUCCUCUGAGGCGCUUGUACAUAGUUCAAUAAAAAAAACAUGUAUAUUUGCAUGAGUAACAUUUCAGUGUUAAUAAACUAUUCAGAAACUGCCAGGCUCCCUAGUGUUUCAUGUUCUAGAUUAUUAAUGCAUCAUCAUCAGUAUGACUGAUGCUUUACAGAGUACAAGAGGUCUCUCAAGUUUACAUUCCAGAAUCUUAACACAUGGAAAAUAGGAAAUGGAGAGUAAUACUUGAACAUUAUUUCAGGUAUAUGUGCUUAGGCAAGAUAGGGUAGGGCAAAGGUCCAAGCUGCCAGAUAAUCAUGUAGGAUGCACGGUCAUAAUAAAUUUGCUGUUUCUAUAAAUAGGAUUCUCCUUAGAACUCUGGACAUUAAGAAUAAUAUGUCCCCCAGGAAGCUUGGAAUUAAGUUAAAUUGAAUGUUAAAAGUAAAUACUAUAUAAAUAGUGAACGGUUCUACUGAUCUAUCAUCUGAAAGCCAGCUCAAUGAAAAGAGACCACUGAUGUUCAGGCAAGUCUCAAUGCAAAUGAAAUAGUAUAAAGCGACUGCAUUUUUGCUGAUGUGGGUGCACCCAUGGCAUUUUGCUUCCAAAAUUGCAAGUGAGAUACAGAUGUGGCGCUGUGGGUUAAACCACUGUGCCUAGGGCUUGCCGAUCAGAAGGUCGGCGGUUCGAAUCCCCGCGACUGGGUAAGCUCCCAUUGCUCGGUCCCUGCUCCUGCCAACCUAGCAGUUAGAAAGCACUCCAAAGUGCAAGUAGAUAAAUAGGUACCGCUACAGCAGGAAGGUAAACUGCGUUUCCGUGUGCUGCUCUGGUUCACCAGAAGUGGCUUAGUCAUGCUGGCCACAUGACCCAGAAGCUGUAUGCCGGCUCCCUCGGCCAAUAAAGCGAGAUGAGUGCCGCAACCCGAGUCCUAAUGAUCAGGGGUCCCUUUACCUUUACCUAUGGUUUUGUAGGCAAAUUGCAUUUCUUUAAUGGGGGGGAUGCUAAUAAUUAUUGGGCUUACAGCAGGCAGAGGGAUACUUUAAUCCUUUCCUGUGAUCCUGAGGAAAAUCUGUUUUAAACCAGUAUUUUCUUUGGAGAGAAAUCCCCCAUCGGCAACACUGAUUAAGUCUGCAGUCUUAAAGUGACUUAUUUGGAUGCAGAAAAUAACUGGAUUAGGAUAAGACCAUCUGGGUUUGUUUACAUGGGGAAUGAAAUCCUGCAUCAAACAUAAACUCUCCUUUUGAGUUGUGCCCUGAAAUUUAAAAUUGGUGUCCAGCAUGUGAUAUACUUGUAAGUCAUUUACAUGUAGCUAAGUCUUCUAACAGGGAAGAAAGGUGUUCAUAAUGCCACCAGUGAAAAUGACUUUGACCUCCUUUGUCAUUUAGGUUCAUUUGAACACCAACAGUUUGAAAACAUCUAGAUUGCUUUACAUUCGGACUCUGGAAAUGCUGUUUCAGGGCUUCCAACUUAGCUCAUGUUGUUGCAGGGGGCGAGCAGACAAGAAUAUUUCUCCAGGAUACAUAAAUGUCUCUUGCACAAUUCACGGACACAACCCAGUCUAAAGAAGACACUUUUGGCACACAUUUUACUAGGGUUGCCAUAUUUCAAAAAGGGGAAAUCCGGACACAAGACUUGUGCUUUUUUUGGCAAAAUCUUUAAAAAAGGAUGUUUUUGAGCUAACUUUAUGGAAAAUUGGCAAAAACAACACUGCCAAGAUUGGGGGGGGGCACAUAUGUCUGGAUUUUCCCAGACAUUUAGCCAAUUUCCACCUGGACACUGCUUAUGGACUGCAGUAUUCCGGUUAUGUCCUGGAAAUUCCAGAUGUAUAGCAAUCCUAAUUUUACUCUCCCCUUACAAUCUUAAUUUGGGUUGGAUCAUGUCCAUAAUUAAGUAAGUGCUGCUUGCACUUCAGCUAACCUGCUGCCCUCCAGAUUCUGGACUACAACUCCUGUCAACACGUGUCAACUUGCUAUCUGGGACUGAUGGAAGUUAUAGUUCAAAGCCUCUGGAGGGCACCAGCUUGGCAAAAGCUGCACUAGGCAAUAUAAUCACUUCUGCAAUUUACCCAGGCAGAUAAAGUCACCAUCCAUUACUGUGAUUGCAAAUAACUGCUAUUAGCACAGUGGGCUGAUGGAACAGCACUGGCAGUAGCCUUGGGCAUAUGAUGCAUGCUGGAGCUGCUUGAAGUAAAGGGAACAUGUGAUUGUCCUACUCCCAAAAAGGGAGGCUCCAAACAGGCAGCAUUAGACUGCGUCUUCUACAUUUAUGAUUGGAUUAAAGGAGGCCAAAUUAUUACAGUGGUACCUCGGGUUACAAACGCUUCAGGUUACAGACUCCACUAACCUAGAAAUAGUACCUUGGGUUAAGAACUUUGCUUCAGGAUGAGAACAGAAAUCGUGCUCUGGCGGUGCAGCGGCAGCAGGAGGCCCCAUUAGCUAAAGUGGUGCCUCAGGUUAAGAACAGUUUCAGGUUAAGAACGGACCUCCGGAACGAAUUAAGUUCUUAACCAGAGGUACCACUGUACUAGGUUUUGAGACUGUCUAGCACCUGACCUUGAAUGCUUCACUAAUAAGCCCAGUCAGGAAAUGAACACUUGCCUUUUAGCAGGAUAAAUAUUGGUCCAACAUGUCCUUCAUGAUCUCGUGUAUCCCCCUCAUAUUACCAGGCAACGCCCAUUCAAGGUUUGAAGGGGUCCUUGGCAAAAUGUCUUCCCGUGAUCCUUGCAGCAGCAAGUGCUCUGACAGAGUGGCCACUGUAAAUUCUCACAAUGCCCCACCGCUGAUCACAUUAUGGACACUCUGGAAAAUUUCAGUGGGAAGUUCAAGACCUCAAGUAGGGGCUAUUUUUUAUGUCCCUGGGUUCUGAGUCUUCUUCCCUUGCCGAUUCUCCAGAUGGUUUCUCCCACCAUUCCUCCACGUCCAACCAGUCCAUGACAGCUGGCCACCGUUGCUCCAGGAACACAAAACUACAAAACUAGGAUUGUAAUGACAGUGCAGUGCGACUGUGGGGCUCUUGAAUCCUUCGGGAUGGUGCAGCCCUUUCCCCAGAAGGUGCAAGCUUUCAUUAAAACUUAAGCACAUUUACCUUGGAGGAAGUACAAUUAGGUUCAAUGGACAACUCUGGGAUGGUGCCACAUAACUUCAAUCCUUUUACUUGUGGAUAUUUAAAGGAAACCAUGCACCCCCUAUUUACUUACCGUAAUUGUAUUACCCAUCAGGCUACCUAGAUUUCUCAUCUGGCUAUUCUGCAAUCAUUACCUCUCCCACCCCUACUCUACCUUACUACCAAGUGUUUGGCUGCAGCAUUGGUUGUAUGAGGGUCAAAUGGGCAGAACAUCUCAAGCAAUUUACUACAAACUUGAGCGAAUUUCAUAUGAUAGUCCAAACAGUUGGAUGUGUUCACAUUUGCAAAUGCACCACCACCAUUGGGUGAGUUAAGAGGGGGCACAAGUGGGGCACUAUUUAAGAGCCCACAAGCAAGGCCUCAGGUUUCCCAAACAUGGUUCAGUUCUUUAGGACUGUGAGAUUCAACACCAGAAACUAACCAAAUGCGAACGAUCUCUUCGUUUCACUCCUUUCCACCCUCUCCUCAAAGCUGACAAGUUGACACAGCUGGAGACGCAAAACAUACCAAGAAGCAGAAGAAAUGGGCCACAUUUUUGUUUCUUUUUAUUUACAAUUGAUUUAAAAAAAAUGCUUGCCCAUGGACAACGGAUGGCCUCACACACGCAGCCUGGAUUUGUCAGCGACAGACUGUGGAGGACCACAUGACGGCGACAGACACAGAAGACAAGAGGCAGUAAAUAUUCGGCACUGAUAUCUAUUGAGGCUUUGCUUGGUUUACGCUUUUUAAUUGUUUUACUGUAUUUUUCUUUUUCCUCUUUUUUUUUUUGCCAAUAGAGUGAGGCAGUGAUCUGCUGGGUCCAAUUUCUCUGUUUACAAGCAGCAAAUAGCCUGAGUAAACAAUCCCAAUCCAGUUUUCUAGAAAUCAUGAAGCCAACAGACUUGUUCAGAAAGUGGGCAAGGCCCAAAAACAGCCAACAAAAAACUAGCCUCCCUAAAGAUUUUGGAAUGGUGGAGGGAGUCUGAUUCCACA